GUCUGGUUCGGCGAGAGAAAAGCAAAACAAUCAUUUUUAUCCCCUUUUACCGGCUGCUUUUAGGGUCCGUAGUGACAUACACUCUCGACAGUGAGUCGUAGUCCACACAAUACUGUUAAAUGCAUCUUAUCCCACUCAGCACCAAAGUCUACAGAAAGCUGGUGAUCUUGUGAAGUCACAUUUGAUCCAGGUUUAAAAUGACUUCCAAACGGCUUCUCGAGCCUGUCACCGGGAAAGCGCUGCAUGAAGGUGCUUUCAGGAAUUUUGGCAAGGAAAUCUCUCCAAAUGGACAUUACUUUACCUCAACGAGAGAGACGCACUACAUUCAUAAGAAAUUUGCAUGUGGCAGAGAAGAGGAUGAACAGAGCUCAGGUGGGGUCCUUAAAUACGGCUGUCCUGCUCAUCACCUGAUCCUGAGGGGCAUCAGGCUACAAGACCAAACUCACACUGAGGCUCAGAGCCCAGUGAGAGGCCCAGGACCGCUCCCUCCAUCUCCCGAAACACCACACCCGCACACGUCCUCCAUCAUCCCCGUCCCACAUAAAAGGAGGCCUUCUGGUCAUGCUGAUAAAGAGGUGAUGGCCGCCACCGUCCUGACUACACUGUCCACCAGCCCGUUGGUGCUCAACGCUUCCUCCAGUGCCUCAGAUCUGGCUAGUAAGGGCUGGAAGGAGAGCCUGUCCGCCAGCUACAGCAGCUCCACCAGUGGGAACUGGAGCUGGGACACCAGUGACCAAUCGGUGCCCUCCACGCCGUCCCCGCCCCUCUCCAACGAUGCCGGCAAGAGCUUCCUGCUUUCCUCCCAGAGUGAUGACAACAAUGAGGACACCGAAAGUACACACUUCCUGUUUGAGGACCCCAUCCCCCGGAAACGAAAGAACUCCAUGAAGGUGAUGUUUAAGUGUCUGUGGAAGAACUGUGAAAAAGUCCUCAGCACCUCCUCAGGGAUCCAGCGCCACAUCCGCACCGUCCACCUCGGACGAAAUGGAGAUUCUGACUACAGCGACGGAGAGGAGGAUUUCUACUACUCUGAAAUCGAGGUCAACAUGGACUCUCUUUCAGAGGGGCUGUCCAACCUCACGCCCACCUCUCCUACUUCGUCCGGGCCGGCCCCCGUCUUCCCCGUCCUGACUUGUGAUGUGUCUCGAUCUGAGCCCGCCCGCAUGAUCCACACCCCACUCAGCCAAUCAGCACCGUCGGCGCUGUGUCACAUCCGCACUGACCACGCUUACCAGGGCCCGAUGACUCAAAUCCGCACUGUGAGCAUCGGAGAGAAGAGACAACCUGUUAACCACACCACUGUCAGCAAAGCACACACCAACAACACCUCCGCUUCCAAAGCCGCCACUGGAACCAGGAAGCCACGCGGCGAAGCCAAGAAGUGCCGAAAGGUGUACGGCAUGGAGAAGAGGGACCUGUGGUGCACAGCGUGCCGUUGGAAAAAGGCCUGCCAGCGCUUCACUGACUGAGCUUUAUCAUUUAGCCCGCUUCGAAACGUGCUGUUUUAUUGCGCCUGUUCCACGGACUGAGCACCGAAAUCUCCUGCACACUCUCACAGGGGGACUUGAUGAGCCGUCCGAGGCGUGUGGCCUUUUAAACGUCACUCAUUCCUCCAGGCCACAAGGGGGUGCUCUUUUCCCACUGCUUCCAUAGUGGAACAACGAGACUGCUUUUCAGAAUAAAGAACUGAUAAAAAGCAAAAAAGAGGAAAAUACUUUGGGGGGGGGGGGGGCUUAUUGGCUUUUGCUGCAAUUGCAUAUUACGGCAAAAACAAGUUACUUUUUCAUAAGUAAUCCAGAAAUGAAACAAUCAGGCAUUUUUCCGGAAAUUUUAAGUGUGGCAGACUUUAUACAUAGCAGUUUUUUUAACUGUUAAAAACUCUGUAAGCUACUUUGACUGGGUAUUGAGUAUUUUUUAACAGUUAACCCUCUUACACUCAUUUUCGCUUCAAAAUCAAACUGUUUCUGGACUCACCGCUUUAUUUUGCCUACAAGCACUUUUAACGGCCAUUGAAAUCAUUUAGUUUUCUAUUUCGAUAAACCAGUGCAGUUUAGCAUUGGAAUCGGCGCGUUCACGUACACGGCGAGCGUUUCCGCUAAAUAGUCAAGAACUGUUUCGACACACAUCGCUAAAGUAAUACCUCUAAACAAGAAUGAGCCUUACAGAGAGAGACCUCGGUGUACUUCAGCGCGAGCAGCGCGAGUGCAGGAAUGUAAAAUGGCCUCUCUCUGCGCUUACGCACCGAAACAAUUCUGUCCUUCACAGAUCAACUGCCUCUUUAUAAGCUACGAGGUUUAUUCCUGUCAGUCCACAGUAUUAAUUGAAUGGCAGGCACUUUAACCAGAUUUAUCCAUCAUCCCAACAGGACAUCCCAGGCUAAUGUGAUCCAUAAAUCAAGUGUUUCCCACAUAUUACACAGUCUUUGUGGCAGUUUCUGGCCACAUUGUGCUUCCUAAGGAACUAUUCGCUUCUCGUUCAGCUUAUGGAUAUUAUUCACGUUAAGGAAACGCUUGCUCUGAUAACAUGUAGAUGUCUUCCACUGUGCUUUCUUUUCAUAUGGAGGUGAUCAUGUGACGUCUUCAUGUACACAGACCCUCUCGAUAAGCAGCUCUGAGCUGUUACGCUGCCAAAAAGUCUUGUUUUCCAUUACUAAUAUCUAAAACUCUUGAAUCAAGAUAUACUUACUUAAGAAUGGAAAUUCUUAAGUAAGUUCCUAAGGAAAUUCUUAUUUAUUUAUAUAAAUAAAUAAACGAAACGAAGACGAAACGAAUGGAAAUGACCUGAUGUUAAGUCUUAGUUUCUGAAAAAUAUAUCUUGUUUUAAGCUAAAACCCACUUGAUGUUUUUUCUGAAAACAUGACGAUUAAAAUACGUUGCUUCUCAAGUAAAUAUAUCUUGAUUUAAAGCGAUAGUUAAUCACUCAGUAAAUGAUGACAUGAUUAGACUAUUACUUUAAGACUGUUUAGAUAUUCAUACUGGAAAACAAAAAUACUGAGUUUGAAAAUCCUUUUUUUUUUUUUUGCAGUGAAAUGAAACACUGAUAGUCAUUGGACAUGUGAAUGUGAUCUGUAUCAUUAAAGGGAUAGUUCACCCCUAAAUUAACAUUCAGUAAUGGUUUAUUGACCCUCAUCUCGUUCCAAAUCUGUUUUUGUAAAACCUCACAUUGGACCCCAUUGACUUUCAUUGUAUGGACGAAAUACAUUUUUCGAAAUACCUUCCCUUGUGUU